UAAAAGGCAACGGUGUGUUCGGUCGUGCGUGUUCACCCCAUUCCUCCAAUCUGGUUUUAUACAUUCAUUUUAAAGUAGUCAAAACAAAAGAUGGCUAUUCGCACUUGCUUCUUUGCCUUCCUGCUUCUGCUUCUCCCAUUGGAAUUCAUUGCUGUUAUGGGGGUUACUCCUCCUCUUCCUCUUCCUGAGUGCAGACCCAUUGUGGCUGUCGAUAGAGACCAAGUCCAAUUCGCUUUAAACUUGGAAUUCUUGGAAGCAGAGUUUUUUCUGUACGGUGCACUUGGUACUGGGCUUGAUGACAUCGCACCUUCUUUGGCCCUAGGCGGUCCUCCUCCAGUUGGUGGAAGGAAGGCCAAUCUGGAUCCCGUCAUCCGUACAAUUAUAGAGGAAUUUGCUUAUCAGGAAAUUGGACAUCUCAGGGCGAUCACAGAGUCUGUAGGAGGAGUCCCAAGGCCUCGACUCAAUAUAAGUGCCGGGGCUUUUGCCACAUUACUUGAUCAAGCAAUGAAUACCACAUUAUCUCCUCCAUUCAAUCCGUACGCCAAUUCCCUCAACUAUCUCUUGGCGUCCUACGUUAUACCUUAUGUAGGACUCGUAGGUUACGUUGGCACUAUCCCUAACCUUGUCGGACGCACCAACCGAGCACUGGCUGCUUCACUGCUGGGGGUGGAGUCUGGACAAGACGCAGUGAUACGGACAUUACUGUACCUGAGGGCUAAUGAAACAGUGAAGCCAUAUGGACUAACCGUGGCAGGUUUUACCGAUCGUAUAUCGGAAAUAAGGAACAGGCUUGGCAGAUGUGGGACGAAAGAUGAAGGCUUGAUAGUACCAAUGCAACUUGGUGCAGAGAACCGAACUACCAGUAACAUUCUAUCGGCGGAUGCUGAUUCCCUUUCGUAUUCACGGACGCAGGCCGAAAUUUUGAGGAUAAUAUAUGGAACUGGCGACGAGAGUAGGCCUGGUGGAUUUCUGCCUGAUGGUGGACGUGGGAGAAUCGCCAUGGGAUUCCUCGCUACUCGAAACUAAGCGAUCGCAUAUAUAUAAAAUAAGGGUCAUAUAUAAUCUAAGAAAAGCUUUACAUAUUGGAACCACUAUUAGCUGAAGAUAAUAUCAGUAAUAAAUAAAGACAGAGUUGACCAAGGAAAUACCCACUUGUUAGUCACGUGAAACUCCCAUGAAGAGGUAGAUUUAUGUUGUUAAUUUAUAAUGAAGCUUUACAAAAGUUAAUGGGCUA